UGCCCAGCUGAUUCCGUCAACUUGGGCAAAGCAGCUUGGACAUUAUUACAUACAACCGCAGCUUACUACCCUGAUCGUCCGGCACCUUCACAAAUGGAUUCAAUGAGACUGUUCAUGUCUUCGUUCAUCGACAACUAUCCUUGUUUUAAGAAAGAGUUUAAAGAAUAUAUGGCAGAAGAACCAGUCCGUGUAGGAAGUCGUAAAAAGUUAAGCGAGUGGCUUUGUAAACAGCAUAACAAAGUGAACGAAAGACUUGGCAAGCCUUCGUUUGACUGUAAGUUAGUACUUGAUAGAUGGUUACAAGGAUCCUUAAAACAAUGCGAUCAAUAA